AUGGAGAAUCUGAUAUUUCUGCUGCUCUUUUUACUUUUGGCUAAUUCAGCAGCUCAAGUAUGCACCAUUGCUGGAUAUAGUAUACCAAAUGCAGAUUGCAUUGAAUGAUCAUCUGGAGGUUAUUUUAACCUUCAAACGCUGAGAUGAGUAGGGACUUGCCCCACAGGAACCACUCCAAUUGCGAAAGCAGCUGGAUAUGUGAUUGAGGUUCUAAGUACCACUAAUAAUAAUGGAGUCCUAUCCACUACACCUCAAGAGAGCUAUAGUAUUUCUGUAUGAAAACAGGAUACGAUCUAUAUUAAUUAUUAUUCUUCAAGUAAUAUUGAGCUUGGAACAGCACAGUACCCAUAUAGAUUUCUUGAUCAUGCAAUAUAUGAUGCUUUCAAUUAUCCUAAUAGUUUUACAAUCAAUAUUAUUUUCUUGAUAACAGGGAGUUAUAACUAUGAUAUUGACCAUCCACUUUUAAUCAGGAACUCUCAGAUAAACUUUAGUAUCCAAGGGAGUGGAUCUAGUGUCCAGAUAAAUUUGUACCCAUCUGCAAUGAAAUCAAAAGUAUUAACUGCUGAAGGGACUUCUUUUAGAAUCAGAGGACCAGAAUCAUAUGCAAGCAUUGAUUUUGAGACAGAUAGUCCAUACAUAAAUUUAAAGAAUAGCCAGGUGACCAUGACCAAUCUUGUUAUGAUUGCUGGGAACACAAAUUUAGAUAUCUAUAGUAUGUAA